UAAAUCUGUACGUGUCUGUGAGUGAGUGAUUCAACUGUCAGAGAGAGAGAGAGAGAGAUCGAUAUCAGUGCGUAUGAAGAUGCGUGUGUAUGCGUCUCUACGCUCCCUCCCAAUACUCUCUCAAUCACUUCACGUAUCCCCUGGCUGCGCUUAAUAACCUCGUGCCAGUCUCUGCCAUAACUUUUUCAGCUCAGAAUCACAUCAUGAUAGCCUCUCAUUUCAUCGCCUCCCCCAUCUCUUUCACUGUUCAAGCGUCUCUCUCCCCUAAUUAUCCUCCUCUUUGUUACCCAUAAUAAUACCCCUAGGGCUUUUAAUUCUUUACCCUCCUCUCUCCCCUGUCCCACUUCUUUUGUCUAUGGCGGAGGGUUUCGAGCCCUACCAUGUCCCUCAACAGAGCAGAAGAGAUAAGCUCAGAGUAGUCAUCUCCCAGAACCACCACGGUGAUGUUGUGGAACCCACCACCACGGCCAACCUCCAAGGCUGCGCAGGUUUACUCCCUCUCUACGAUCCCGCGCUUCUCUCUACCGAUUUGCUAACUUGCGCCAACGCCUCCGCCCACGAGUUCCACCACCAGAAUCUUCAGCUCUCGGGGCCCACUGCGGAAGAUUGCAAAGCAAGCGGCUGCUCUUUGAAAGAGGAAAGCGUCAAUCUGAUGGGGUUCAUGGGAGGCAUGAUGAACGGUGCGUCGUCUUCUUCCUCGGCUCCUCACCCCUCGUACUUAGAUCGCCACCAAAACUCUUUGCCUAAUAUUCCGAGCUCUAUCCAAGACAUUAACAGUAACCCUUUUCUUUAUCCUCCUCGAAGUCUUCAGAGCCUUCGAGAUUUCGAUCAGAGCUAUAGUGGUGGUGAGGUUGUGGUGUUUAAGCCAGAACCACUGUCUCUAUCCCUUUCUUCUCAUGCUACCCAACAAAGCAAUCCUCCACUGGAGCUAAAUAUUCAAAGAUACGGGUCAAGUACAUGUGGGUAUGUGAUUCCCAGCAUUGUUGGAGGCAGUGCCUCGGCCUCGAACGAUGUGUCGCGGAGCUCCGUCCCGCUCGGGCCGUUUACGGGUUACGCUUCGGUUCUCAAGGGAUCGAGAUUCUUGAAGCCCGCGCAACAGUUGCUAGAGGAGUUAUGCGAUUUCGCUGGUCGUGGAAUUUACGCUGAAAAGAUCGCAGCGGAUUCGUCUCUAAUGGACUACUCUCCCAUGGAGAGCCUGAGUGCAAGUGGGAUUGUAGACACUCCGCUUGGUUGUGGGGAUGGGGGGGAGAUUCGGAGAAAGAAGUCUAGGCUGAUUUCGAUGCUCGAUGAGGUUUACAGGCGGUACAAGCAAUACUAUGAACAGAUGCAGGCUGUAGUAACAUCAUUUGAGAAUGUUGCUGGGCUAGGCAAUGCUGCCCCCUAUGCGAACUUGGCUGUCAAAGCUAUGUCCAAGCAUUUCAGGUGCUUAAAGAAUGCGAUUACUGACCAACUUCAGUUCACCAAUAAGGCUCGUGAUCAUGGAACACAUGGGAAAGAUGAAGCUUCAAGAUCUGGGAAUAAUGACAGAGGACUUUAUUGUCAGAGACCUGUACACGGUUCAGGAUUCCUGGAAAACCAACCUGUUUGGCGACCCCAGAGGGGGCUUCCUGAACGAGCUGUAACCGUUCUCAGGGCAUGGUUGUUUGAACACUUUUUGCAUCCUUAUCCAACUGAUACAGACAAGUUAAUGUUGGCUAAAGAAACUGGCCUAUCACGGAGCCAGGUUUCUAACUGGUUUAUCAAUGCAAGAGUAAGGCUUUGGAAGCCGAUGGUGGAAGAAAUUCAUACACUAGAAACACGGGAAGCCCAAAAAGCUUCACAAAGGGAUGAGCGAACUGCCAGCAGAUCAAAUGAUCAUUUAAGUUCGGCAAACACACAUGGAUCCAACAACCCAACCUCUUCUAACCAAAGGGUCCAAGACACCCCAUCAAAACGCACCAGAAAUGAAGUUCCUGAUAUACCUCAUCUGGUUGGGAGCGAGGAACCACAUAACUUAUGCUCCAAUUUCUCAUGUCAUUCUCAUACUGGUGUAGGUGUAGGUGUGAACAUGGCAGGUGGAAGUGGUGGUGUUUCUCUAACAUUGGGUCUUCAUCAGAAUAAUGGGAUUGGUUUAUCAGAGAACUUUCCCAACAAUGCAGCAGCUCAACGCAUUGGCCUCGGCCUUGAGACAAAUGGCGAGGGAUACGUUAUGGGAGGUUUUGAAUCACAUAAUAGGAAUUUCGGAGAUGUUAUUGGGGGGCAACUAUUACAUGAUUUUGUGGGCUGAAUAUCAUAUAUGUUCAGUUCUAGAUCUGUCUGAACGUCAUUUAAUUAAUUGGAUAUAUAUGUUAAUUCCUCAGUUAGAUGUGCUCUAAUUACCAACUCCAUAGAAAGAGAAGCCUGUUAUUGUAAAAGGUAUUUUUACAUCAUGAUCA